UACGAAGAAAAUAAACAUGGAACAGUGCGUGUUCGAUGUUUGCCGAAUCUUGACGCUAGUGCGCGCUAAAAUGUUUAACGCUACAGAGAAUUUUAACGAAACUGAAUUCAAAAUGUGGCUUGAAUUUAUUGAUAGAAUGAUAGCUGAAGAAUCGGCCGUUUUACGUACUUUGACAAUAAUUUCAAUGUACAUUAUGUUCUUCGCCAGCGUUAUUGGAAACAGCAUAACCUGUAUUGUUAUUUACUACGAUAGAAGCAUGCACACGGCUACAAACUUUUAUCUGUUCAACUUGGCAAUAUCAGAUCUUAUUGUCUCUUUUAUACUAAUCUUCGAAGGGAACGAACUCAAAAUCCAACUUCCUUCUGAAACCCUUUCCUACAUCCAUUUAGGAAGAGUGGCGUGCAAAACAUACUUCAUAGUGAUAGGAGCUCUUUGGAAUAACAGUAUAUUAAUUCUGACAGCGUUAUCAAUAGAGAGGUACGUAGCGAUCUGCUACCCUCUGCUUUUAAAGACGAAGUCAGUGUGGCGGAGGGUGACGAAGAUAAUCGUGGUGAUAUGGAUCAUAGCGAUCAUGGAGACGGUGCCAGAGUUGUGGACAACGGAUCUGUUGACUACGUCGAAGUAUUCACUGUGUUUCAUGGUACCGACGCCAUACACGAAAAUAGUAAACGGUGUGAUGGCAGUGCUCACGUUUAUUUUACCGUUGAGUAUCAUGACUUUUGUGUACUCGAUGAUCGCGUGGGAGCUGCGAACCUCGCAGAAGUGUCGAUCACACGACAACGCCUCCAAUCAACGCUACAACAGAAGAAAAGUGCGCAAGCUCAUUGUAGUUCUCACGCUCGCGUUCCUGAUCACGUGGCUACCGUAUUUCGCCAUAAGGAUGGGGCUUUUUCUGCAAGACGUAGCGCAGAUUGUUCUUUUAAUAUCCUGGUGGCGGGUGGGCUACAACCUCACGCUUUUCAACAGCUGGUUAAGCACAGUACUGAAUCCACUACUAUUCAGUCUCAUGUCGACAAAGUUUAGAAGAUCGCUAAAGUUAUUUUGGAGAAAAAAAAUCAAGAGAGAUUCGGAAGUAAGUCGAAAAUCCAAAAUAUGAAUGCCGAUGAAUGUGAAUUAGCAGCAACAAUGUCUGAAAUAGUAAACAAUAAAACUUCUCGUCAAAAGAAGAAAAUUAAACCACAAGAAAAUGCGGUGAAGAAUAGAAAUUAUUUUAGACAAGUCCGUAAAUAAUUGAAAGCCAUUAAAACGGUGACCGAAUUUCCCUUCCAUUUAGGUGGCGGUGGAUAUGAGACACGUAUCGUAGAAUAUUCGAAACGCGAUGUGUGCAGGCGCCUCAUCUGAAAUGUUGGCUACCAAUCAGUUACGUCUGCGCACGCACCGGGAAAUCAAGAAGACCAUGGCGCGAAUGUACUUACGUUAAAUUAGUUUUAGAAGAGCGCAUUCAAUUUAUGCUGCAUUUAUUGGACUCAUUAUUAGUUGACCCUGACUGUACAAUAUAUUAAAUCUGAACAUAGAUUUUAAUACAUUGGAAUUUGCCAAUCCGCGGGCCUGAUAAAAAGAUGUUUUCCAAAUAUUUAAGUCAUAACUGAAACCCACUCGCCGACACUUGACACGAUGCAUGCGGCAGCGGCACGGCAUUGCCUCUGCGGGGUUAGCUUAUUAUAAAAGUCUGCGUCAUGACAUCUGUGUGAUGACGAACCACGCGUGGUUACAUUUGAAUCAGAGUGUAAGUAAUAUAAAUAAAAAGUCUAAACAAAACAUGUGAAGCUAUGUGUCUAUAAUAAAACAGUAGGAUAGGCCAAAGCGAGGUAUGUGGCUUCGCUCUUACAAUAGUGCGUAUGUUUAUGUUAUUGGAUUACAAUGGAUAAUAAAUAAAAUUUUCAUUACUAUUUUUGAGAUUUAUGUUUUCAUGAAUGAUAAACAGCCCAAAAUUGCAUAUUUUAUUGUUGUUUUUUAAAAGUUUGAA